CACACAAUUUCAUUCUCAUCCUCCUCUCUCUCUCUCUCUCUCUCUCGCUCUGACCUAUACACACACACACCGAUUCUCAAUUCCAAAACCGUUCUCUCUCUCUUUUGAUCUCAGAUCUCAGAUCUUUUUUCUUUCUUCUUUGAAUCGAUUCUCUCAAGGAACAGUAACAACAAUGGCGGUUUCCGCGCGUGAAGAGUUCGUAUACAUGGCCAAGCUCGCUGAGCAAGCGGAGAGGUACGAAGAGAUGGUUGAAUUCAUGGAGAAAGUCUCCGCCGCCGUUGACGGCGAUGAACUCACCGUUGAAGAGCGAAAUCUUCUCUCCGUCGCUUACAAGAACGUCAUCGGUGCUCGCCGUGCCUCGUGGCGUAUCAUCUCUUCGAUCGAGCAGAAGGAAGAGAGCCGCGGUAACGAAGACCACGUCACCGCGAUCCGUGAUUACAGGUCUAAGAUCGAGACGGAGCUCUCCGGAAUCUGCGACGGAAUCCUCAAGUUGCUUGACUCUAGGCUCAUCCCCGCCGCUGCUUCCGGUGAUUCCAAGGUCUUUUACCUCAAGAUGAAGGGAGAUUACCACCGGUACUUGGCCGAGUUCAAGACUGGUCAAGAGAGGAAAGACGCCGCUGAACACACCCUCUCCGCCUACAAAUCUGCUCAGGAUAUUGCCAAUGCAGAGCUUGCUCCAACUCACCCAAUUCGUCUCGGUCUUGCAUUGAACUUCUCUGUGUUCUAUUACGAGAUCCUCAAUUCUCCUGAUCGUGCUUGCAACCUCGCCAAACAGGCCUUUGAUGAAGCGAUUGCAGAGUUGGACACUCUUGGUGAAGAAUCAUACAAGGACAGUACCUUGAUCAUGCAGCUUCUUCGUGAUAACCUUACUCUCUGGACAUCCGAUAUGCAGGAUGAUGCUGCGGAUGAGAUCAAGGAAGCAGCAGCGCCGCCACCAAAACCGACGACCGAGGAACAGCAGUGAUCUUUUCAGUGAAACUGCUAGUUUUCUAGGGUUUGGAAUUUCUUCUUUUCUUCCUUCGUCCAUAUGUUUUCUUAAUCAUCUAAAGAGGUCGCUCUUGCCAUUUCGCUUAUCUUCAAGCUUAUUCAUUCAUCAUAUCUGUGGCAAGUCCGAACCAUCAAAUCACCUUUUUAUCUCUUUUGCUUGAUUUUCUCUCUUUUUUCUGUUCUUUUUUUUUUGUUUGUUAUCGAUUUCAAUGUCUGUGCAAUCGAACCUUGCUUUGUCUUCUCAUCAAUUGAAGAUCAUAAAGUCUCUUGUCUCU